AUGGUUGAUAUAGUUCUUCCUGAUUUUCAUUUACAGGCUGCUCGCAAAAACAUACCUACUUUAGUUGAUGUGGAAAUGGAAGGGGAAGGGUUUGCUGAUCUUCUAAAAUUGGCUGAUUAUGCUGUAUGCUCAGAAAAAUUUCCUCAGGCAUGGACAGAGGCAUCAUCUAUGCCAAGUGCACUUGUGUCCCUGCUUUUGAGAUUGCCAAAUUUGAAAUUUGUCAUUGUGACCUUGGGCGAAAAUGGAUGCAUAAUGCUUGAGAGAAGUGUAAAUGAGAAUCCCGAUCUAGAGGAAAUUGAUGUAGACAGCUUAUUGGAAACCCUAGAACAGAGAAAGGAAGAGAGUGUAGCCUCCCCAACAUGUGUAUCAUCGUUAGAGACGAAAUUGAGGGCAAAUGGGAUAGGAACAAUGUGCGGGAGAUUAUUUGUUGGAACAGCUGAGAAGAUUCCACCUUCAGAACUUACUGAUACCACUGGUGCAGGUGAUGCAUUUAUUGGGGCAGUUCUUUAUGCCAUCUGCGCCAACAUGCUACCAGAGAAAAUGUUGCCAUUCGCGGCCCAAGUGGCAGCCGCCAGUUGUAGGGCUUUGGGGGCUCGAAGUGGUCUUCCACACAGGACAGAUCCACGGUUGGCAUCCUUUUUACAGUAGGAUUUUGGAUUAGUUAUCAAGUCAUUGGCAUUGUAGAAUUUCCAAUCCCGACCAUGAUAACCAGUAGCUAUCAUAGUGUCACGUUCCGUUUGUAGUCCUCCAUGCCCUGUACAGCCGUUGAGUUUUGGCUAUCGUUAUUGCUGUCUAUGAACAGAGGAAGCGUGUUUGCUGCCAUGAAUGUUUUCUUUUUUAAAUAAAUUUUCUAAUAAAUGUAAAAUGAUAAUUUACCCAUAGUACUGUUAAAAUCUUCAUUUAUAUUUCUGAACUCUUAGUGGUUUGGAUGAGAAUCUCAUGGCUAUCGUUAUUGCUGUCUGUGA